CUUUAGUCCUCAUGCAAUAGCUGAGAUGAAGUUCUUCCUUGCAAUUGUGUUGCUCUGGACAUCCUCUGUGGAGUGCCAGCAAAGAGGUCUGUUCCCUGCCAUCCUGAACCUGGCCACCAAUGCCAACAUCACUGCCAACGCCACGUGUGGCGAGCCGUACCGGGAGAUGUCCUGUAAGCUGGUGGAGCACGUGCCAGGCCAGCGCAUUCGCAACCCACAGUGCAGGAUCUGUGAUGCCAACAGCCACAACCCCAAAGAGCGACAUCCCAUCGGCUACGCGAUCGAUGGCACCAACCAGUGGUGGCAGAGUCCCAGCAUCAAGAACGGCAGGCAGUACCACUGGAUUACCAUCACCUUGGACCUGAGACAGAUCUUCCAGAUUGCCUACAUCAUCAUCAAGGUGGCCAACUCGCCUCGCCCAGGAAACUGGAUCCUGGAGCGCUCGCAGGACGGAAAGGAGUUCACGCCCUGGCAGUACUACGCCAUCAGUGACACCGAGUGCCUGACGCAGUACAACAUCGCGCCCCGCAUCGGACCCCCCACCUACAAGAAGGACAACGAGGUCAUCUGCACAUCGUACUACUCCAGGAUAGAACCCAUGGAGCACGGCGAGAUCCACACGUCUCUGAUUAACGACAGACCCGGCGCGUACGACCGGGCCCCGGCGCUCAUGGAGUUCACCUCCGCCCGCUUCAUCCGCCUCCGCCUGCAGCGCAUCCGCACCCUCAACGCCGACCUCAUGACCCUCAGCUACAACGACCCCAAGGAGGUCGACCCCAUCGUCACCCGCCGAUACUACUACACAAUCAAGGACCUCUCAGUGGGCGGCAUGUGCAUCUGCUAUGGCCACGCCCAAAGCUGCCCCAUGGACCCUGUCACCAAGAAAUUUCACUGUGUGUGUGAGCACAAUACGUGUGGCGAGAGCUGCAAUGAGUGUUGCCCCGGCUACCACCAGCAACUGUGGCAAGCGGGAACCACCUCCUCCGGCAACACUUGUGAAAAGUGCAACUGCCACAAUAAAGCGGAGGACUGCUACUACAACGAGACUGUGGCCGCGCUCCGAACGAGUCUGAACAUCCACGGCCAGUUCGUGGGCGGCGGUGUGUGUAUCAACUGCUCCCAGAACACGGCGGGGGUGAACUGUGAAACCUGUGCUGACGGAUUCUUCAGACCUCACAAGGUGUCUCCGUACACUGAUAAUCCGUGUGUGGAGUGCCGCUGUGACAUGAGGGGCUCCCACUCCCCAGCAUGCAUCAGGGACGACAAGCACGCCAGCCCAGAGAAAGGUCUGCACCCGGGCCAGUGUCUGUGUAAGGAGGGCUUUGCGGGCGAGCGCUGUGACCGCUGCGCUUUCGGCUACAGGAACUUUCCCCUGUGCACUCGCUGUGAGUGCAGCCUGGACGGCAGUCUGAACGUUGACCCCUGUGAGGACUGCAUCUGCAAGGCAAAUGUGAUGGGAGCCCAUUGCGACCUGUGCAGGCCAGGCUUCUUCAACCUGCAGGGGGGCAACCCAGAGGGCUGCACCGAGUGCUUCUGCUUCGGAGUGUCCGAUGUGUGCGAGAGCUCUAUGUGGUCCACAACUCAGGUGGAGCACGGGGAUAGCUGGCUGCUGCCCACCACCCCCAGCACCUCCAUCUACACGGCCCCUCUGGUGGAGGACAACCUAAUCAUCCCCAGCAACGUCACGUCCUACCGCUUCCUCUCCACCUGGGCCGCGCCAGAGAGAUUCCUGGGAAACAAGUUGACGUCCUACGGUGGCCUUCUGAAGUACAGUGUGGCGUACGACAUCGCUGUGGAGAAUGUGGACAAGACUCUUCCCUCUCACUUUGACUUGAUUAUCGAGGGUAACGGGCGGUCCUUUCGCCAGUCUCCGUCCCGCCGGCUGCUCCUGACCCCCCUGAGGGAGCAGGAGGUGUCCGUGGAGUUGGUGCCGCACGGCUUCGUGGACCUGCACACGGGUCGACGCGUCCACAGGGACGAGCUCAUGACGGUCAUGUCCGACGUGGCCAGUCUGAGGGUCCGCGCGCACCUCAACGUCAGCGCGGAGGGCAAUCUAAGGCUGAGUCAGGUGUCUCUGGACAUGGCUGCACGCAACUCCUCCGGCGCCCUGCAGGCCGUCAGCGUGGAGCAGUGCGAGUGCGAGUGGGGCUACGCAGGCACUUCCUGUGAGUAUUGCAUCUCUGGGUUCUACCGUGUGGAUGGGAUCCUGUUUGGAGGAAACUGCCUGCAGUGUGAGUGUAACGACCAUGCCAAGGAGUGUGACAUCCACGGCGUGUGUGUGGGUUGCAAACACAACACCACCGGGCCCCACUGUGACCAAUGCCUGCCCGGUUUCUAUGGCGACCCCUUCGAUGGCACCGCCGAGGACUGCCAAAGAUGCGCCUGCCCGCUGACCGUGGCGUCGAACAAUUUCAGCCCCACCUGCUCUGUAGAGAACUCAGGAGAGGUGACGUGUGAUCAGUGCCAGAGAGGAUACACUGGACUCAAGUGUGAGAGGUGUGCCAACGGUUACUAUGGCGACCCCACUGUCCCGGGACAGGGCUGCGUCCCGUGCAAGUGUAACGGGAAUGUGGACCUGGAGGAGCCGGGCCACUGUGACCACAGGACGGGCGAGUGCCUCAAGUGCGUGGGCCACACCGCCGGACCGAGCUGCGAGAGGUGCGCCGACGGUUACUACGGCGACGCCAUCACGGCCAAGAACUGCCAGGCUUGCGAUUGCCAUGGGAACGGCUCCGUGGCCAGCGUGUGUCACCUGGUGACGGGCCAGUGUGCCUGCAGAGAACACGUAGAGGGAGAGAAGUGUGACCGGUGCGAGGUGGGCUUCUCAGGUCUUCUCAGUGGUAAGGGGUGCGCCGUGUGCAACUGCAGCCAAUCAGGUUCCACCUCAGUGGCGUGUAGCGAGGACGGUCAGUGCCAGUGCAUCACUGGGGUCGCGGGGGUCAAGUGUGACCACUGCCAGAAGGGCUACUACAACUUCAAAGAUGGAGGCUGCACAACCUGUGACUGCGCUCACACCCAUGGCAACUGUAACCCGGAGACCGGGGAGUGCAUCUGCCCUCCACACACCGAGGGAGAGAAGUGUGAGCGGUGUGAGGAGAACCAUUGGGGUCAUGACCCCUUGACAGGCUGCAAGUCGUGUAACUGCAGUAAGGCCGGCUCCUUGUCCUCCCAGUGUAAUCUGACCACUGGCCAGUGUCCGUGCCAGGUGUCCUUCGCCGGCCCGAGGUGCGACCACUGCGCCAUGGGUUUCAAAGACUUCCCACAAUGCACCGCAUGCAACUGCAACAUCAAUGGCACACAGGAGAAGUUCUGUGAUGAGAAGCUGGGAGUUUGCAACUGUGAGGAACAGGGUAGCUGCACAUGCAAGGCCAACGUGGGCGGAGGCGGAUGUGAUGAGUGCAAGCAGGGCACGUUCGGCCUGACCGGCGAGAACCCCGCAGGCUGCAGCCCCUGCUUCUGUUUCGGGGUCUCCUCCGACUGCGAGGAGAUGAGCGGCCUCGUGAGAGUUCCGCUGCUGACGCUGGGUGAGGACCCAGAGCGCCUCCAUGUGGUCAGUCAGAGUAACCUGCGGGGGACGCUGGAGGGAGUUUACGUGCAGGACGCUGAGAUGCUUCUGGACGUCAGCCAGAUCCAGAACUCCCCCCUGACCGGACCCUACUACUGGAGACUGCCCAAGCACUUCCAGGGCCACAAGCUGUUGUCUUACGGAGGAAAGCUGUCAUACUCCAUGGUCUACUACGCCAUGGACGGCGCAGGCCUGGCCAAUCACGAGCCUCAGGUGCUGAUUCGUGGAGGUCACCUGAAGAAGGUGGUCAUCUACAUUGACAUGCCCGCCCCGGAGAAUGGCAUGAAGACCCGGCAGGAUGUCUCUCUCACCGAGCACAAGUGGAAGUAUUUCAACUCAGUGUCUGAGAAACCAGUGAGCCACUCAGAUUUCAUGUCCGUCCUGAGCAACAUUGAGUACAUCAUCAUCAAAGCCUCGUAUGGAACCAGUCUGCAGCAGAGCAGGAUUGCAAACAUCAGCAUGGAUAUGGCGUUAGACGCCGAGGACGGGUCCGAAUCAGCGGAAGUGGCGCAUUUGAUUGAGUCCUGCGAGUGUCCACGUGGUUAUGCGGGACUAUCCUGCCAGGAGUGCGCCCCUGGCUACUACAGGCAGCCGGUGUCCGAACUGAACAUGAAGGGGAUGAACCGCCCGCUCAUCCAGCCCUGCGUGCCUUGCAAGUGCAACAACCACAGCCUGGCCUGCGACCUGGAGACCGGAGAGUGCCUGGGAUGCCAACACAACACGGCCGGCGAGAGAUGCCACGUGUGUGCCCAGGGCUACUACGGCAACGUCAAGGGCUCCAUCAGCGACUGCUCCCUCUGCGGCUGCCCCCUCCAGACCAACAACUUCAGUCCCUCCUGUGUGCCCGAGGGCGUCGGGGACUACCGCUGUAACGCCUGCCAGCAGGGCUACGAGGGCCGCUACUGCGAGAGGUGCUCAGUGGGUUACUAUGGCAACCCUUCGGAGCCGGGCGGUCGCUGUCAGGCGUGCCAGUGCAGCGAAGCGGGGUCCCUCCACCAGGUGUGCCACCACCUGACGGGCCAGUGCGACUGCAAGGUGGGCGUGAGGGGACACACCUGCGAGGAGUGCGAUGCCCGACACGUGCUGAUCGGGGACCAGUGUGUGUCUUGUGAUGACCAGUGCACAGGGGUCUUGCUGGAUGACCUGGACACUUUGGAGUCGUCCGUGUCCUCUGUGAACCUGACGGGCAUGAUCCUCGCUCCGUUCAGUCUGCUGGUGUGCCUGGAGAACCAGACUCGAGAGAUUCAGGACCUCAUGUCAUGGGAGAAAAGCCCAAGUCAUAAGAUGAACCAGGCUGACAUUACUGUGAUAAACUACACUGCGCAAGUUGACGACCUGGAGGAGAAGGCGAGGAUUGUGUCCAAAUAUGGAGAUGAGGUGUCCCGGUCCACAGAGAGGCAUAUGACACGGGGCAAGGAGCUGCUGGAGUUCAUCAAUAAGACUCACGCUGCUAUACUAGCUCUGGAGGAGGAGGUGGGUCUUCUGAACGGGACGGCGAAGGAGAACGUGAACGAGGCGGACAGCGCGGUCCUGCAGCAGCAGGUGGAGGCCAUGCUGGACAAGAUGAGAGGCAUCAACAUCACCAAUAGCUCCGCUUUCAUUGAACUCAGCGAGGCCGAGGUCAUCCUUGACAAGGUCCAGAAACAGAUCGGGGACCCUCGGCAGGCUGUCGAGUCUCAGAUGGAUGCUGUCGCCACGGCGCUGUCCAAUCACACGCACCAGCUGCAGGAGGCCCAGGAUCUCAUAGUAACGGCCAGGAAGCAGACCAAUCAGACCACCCAGCUGCUCAAUGUCAUCAACACCAGUCUGGACCAGUACAGAACUUUGAAGCACAAUGUGAGCAACCAGACACAGGAAGUGACAUCACAGAUGGAGGAGGCCCAGGACCUCCUGACUGAUGCCCUGAACAUCGGUGGAGAUAUGGGCAACAUCACAUCUACUCUGGAGGAGACGCGUGACGAGCUGGAGAUGCACUACCCCGCGCUGCGGAAGCACGUGGACACGCUGGUCAUGGAGCUGACCAAGAGGGACGCCCUGCAACUCGUCUACCGGAGCGAGGACCACGCGCAGGCCAUGAACAAAGAGGCGGAGGCUCUCAACAGGUCUUUGGCUGAGGUCCGGGGACCGGCAGAGAAAGCCACCAACGCUGCUCAGGCCAACUCCAACAUCCGAGCAGACAUCCAGGCGUCCGAGGACUUGGCCCAGAUAGCUAUUCAGAAUGCAACCCACGUCCUCAAUCAGACGGUGAAGGAGGGGUCGACGAAAGAGAAGGGGAGACGGGCGCUGCAGCGCAGUGUGGACAUCCUGGAGCAGAGCAAACGUCUGAGCAACCAAAGUGAUGCUCUCGUCGUGAAUCUCACCGAUGCGACUGUCAGGCUCGGCCUGCUCAAAGCCAACCUCCGCAACUUCAGCCAGCUCAUCCCCGAGGCAGCCACCCUCCUCAAGGGCAUCCCCUCUGUUAGUGGACAGGUCCAGGAGGUCAAGGAGCAGGUGGAGGGGGUCAACUCCUCCUUGGCCAAGGCCCUGGGUCGUCUGGAACACUUCCAGGUCAAACUGGAGCAGUCCUCCUCCACCGUAGCCGAGGUCAACAGCACCACCAAAAGCACCAACGAGAUGGUCACUGACUCGGAAAAGACCGCUCGCGAGGCGACGUCGAAGCUCAGCGAGGUGGAGGAGCGCGCGGAGCUUCUCUUUGACCGGCUGAAGCCUUUGAAGACGCUCGGAGAGAACCUGAGCAGAAACCUGUCCGAGAUCAAAGAGAUGAUCAGCCAGGCGCGCAGGCAGGCCGCAUCGAUCAAAGUGGCCGUGUUGGCAGAGCAUGACUGCGUCAGGGCCUACAAGCCUGAGGUUUCCGCCAGCAACAUCAACACCAUCACCCUGACAGUGAAGACCACCGAACCAGACAACCUGCUCUUCUACAUGGGCAGCGGCUCCGCGCCGGACUUUAUGGCCCUGGAGACGCGCCAUGGGAAGGUGUCAUUCCUGUGGGAUUCUGGGUCAGGGCAUGUCAAGCUGGAUUAUCCCAACGUGCAGAUCAACAACAACAAGUGGCAGCGAAUCAAUGCAACUCGCUUCGGCAAGUUUGGCACCCUUACAAUUCAGCAGCUGGAUUCUCUGCCUCUACCCCCAGUGAAGGAAACAGCGCCAGGGUCAUCUACUGUCAUGGACAUCACCAAGGACACCUGGAUAUUUGUUGGUGGUCUAGGUGGCCAAGUCAAGAAAUCCUCAGCAGUGAAGUUAACACAGUUCAAAGGCUGUAUGGGAGAAGCCUCACUGAAUGAGAAGAACAUCGGACUGUGGAACUAUGCAGAAAGACAAGGGCAGUGUCGCGGCUGCUUCAAGAGUCCUCAGGCAGAGGAGACCUCCUUCCAUUUUGAUGGCAGCGGAUACUCCGUGGUGGAGAAGUCUCUACGCUCCACAGCCACCAGCAUCGUCAUGUUCUUCAAGACUCUCUCCCCCAACGGCCUGCUCCUCUAUCUGGCUUCAAACGGAACGAGAGACUUCUUGUCCAUUGAGCUGGUGGAUGGAAGAGUACGCUUGACCUUUGAACUGGGAUCUGGACCUCUCACUAUGACAACGAAGAAAGUCUACAGCACAGGAACCUGGUACAAAAUUGCCCUGCAGAGAAAUAAACGAAAAGGCUAUUUAGCCGUCAUGGCAGCAGACAACCCCACCGACCGUGAGGUCACCGAGGCUGAUGCUCCAGGUGCCGCGUCUGACCUCAAUCGCUCCGACCUCGACCCCAUUUACAUCGGAGGCCUUCCGAAGUCUCGGCCAAUCAGGAGGCAGGUGGUGGCACGAUCAUACGUAGGAUGCAUCAAGAAUGUGGAGAUUGCUCGCACAAACUUCGACUUGCUCCGAGACUCUUACGGCGUCAAGAAAGGUUGCGUUCUAGCGGCCAUCCGCAGCAUCUCAGUGCUGGGCGGGGGCUUCCUGGAGAUGCCCCCCGUCAGCCUGGACCCCCUGAUGGAGCUCAUGGCCACCUUCUCCAGCAGAAACGAGACCGGCCUGAUCUUUGCUGGCUUUGGCAAGAUGGCCAAUCGCAAGCGUCGACAGACACAGCAGCCUUUCCUGGCGGCCAUGCUUGUGUCUGGUCGGCUGGAAGUCCAUGUAAACAUGGCCGUGGGCGGGAGUUCCCACAAAGCUGUCAUCAGAUCCUCGACAGGAACCUUCGCUGAUGGAAAAGAGCACUCGCUCAUCCUGCAAAGGAGCAAAAGGACGAUGCAUGUUCUGGUGGACGAGGACCACCACACGUCAGUGAAGCUGGGCUCCUCGUCCGAUAAAGGCUCCCUGAUCCUGGGCCGCUUCUACAUGGGAGGAGUGCCGCCAGGAGAGGGCAGCAGCGUCCUCCCCACCACCACCUCCUUCUACGGCUGCAUCAGGAACAUCGCCCUGGACAACAAACUACUGGACCUGUCCAGCGCCGUGCGCUACGAGGGAGUGGACAUGGACAGCUGUCUGCUUGAGGAGCGGCCCAAGCGGGUGGUUCUGCCCGACGACCUGGACGCAGAGCCCACGCCGGAGCCGGCCAAACUGCCCCAGACGCCCCCCAACCAGCUCAGUGCCAUCACACCAGGCUCUACCUCUUGUGCUACCAUGGACGACACAGCAACUCUUUCGGAGUCGCACCAGUUCGGACUCUCGAGGAACAGCCACAUGCUCCUGGCCUUCAAGAACAGGACAGUGAGAACGAGCUUCUCUGUGAAACUGUCUGUGCGCACGUUCGCUGGCAGCGGCGUGCUCUUCUACAUGGCCAAUGCCAACCAGCAAGACUACGCUGUGCUACAGGUGGUGGGUGGGCACCUCUCCCUCACCUGUGACCUGGGCAAAGGCCCCGCCACUGCCAAGCUGCCCAUUCGCAUUAACGACGGCCUCUGGCACACGGUAAAGGCAGAGUUCGGUAAGAAGAGUGUUACGAUCAGUGUGGAUAGCGAGGAGUCCGCUCGGGUCCAUGUCAAAGGGCACACGCUGGACGUGGAGGGCAAGUUCUACCUGGGGGGCCUGCCGGCCACCUACACCGCCCGGAGGAUCGGAAAUGUGACCCACAGCCUAGCGGCCUGCGUCCAGGGUGUGUUGCUGAACAGCGUGAAGAUGAACAUGAGGACGCCGCUCUCGGCUCAUGGCGUUGGAGAGUGCUUCAGCUCUAUCCAGGAGGGCACCUUCUUUAACGGCACAGGAUACGCAGCAUUCGAGGGCUAUAAUGUGGGUUCGGACGUGACCGUGAGCCUGGAGUUCCGCUCCACCGGAGUGGAUGGAGUUCUGCUGGGCGUCAGCAGCCCCAAGAUAGACGCCAUCGGACUGGAGCUGGUCAACGGACAGGUGGUGUUUAACGUGAACAAUGGGGCGGGCCGUCUCUCGGCGUCCUCCAGGAGUAGCCGCUGGCUCUGUGAUGGACGCUGGCACACGGUGGUGGCCAAGAAGUUCAAGAACAGCAUCAGCGUCACGGUGGACGGCCUCACCGUCAGCACGCCCAACCCCUACCUCUCGUCCACCUCCGCCGAGACCAAAAACCCCAUCUACGUGGGCGGAUAUCCAGCUGACGUGAAGCAGAACUGCCUGACCACCAGGGCUGCGUUCCCUGGCUGCAUACGUAACCUGCGUGUUUACAAAGGUCAUGUGACUGACGUGUUGGACUUUGGCUCAGCGUUCCUCCUUCAUGGCGUCUCUCCGAACUCCUGUCCCGGAAGGUCCACCUAGAUCGCCCUCCCUGCCUCCCCUUUCCUCCCUGCCCACGGAACAUUCCGUACCUCUCCUUGUGUAAUGUUUUGUAUAAAAAAAAUUAAAUGAUUAAUUUUUUAUUUUGGGAAAAAAAAUGUUUUAAUCGCUGUUUGUCUAAAAUAUGAUGUUUUGAAUGUUCAUUUGAGUCAUGGACAUUAGUGAAUGUCUCUAUGAAGUUUGGAAAGGUCACCAGUAUUUCAAAGGUUUCAAAAAUGUCUUAAGAAUCAUGUCUGUUACAAUGCAAUAAAUGCAAUGAAAUUCUCAGGAAAAUGCCUUUGUAAAUAUUUAUUUAUUUGUUGACUUCGUAAUUAACAGCCAUGGCCUUGAAUAUAUUAGAGGCCCAACUACAGUAAGUGUUGUCCUAAGGCUGCUGUCAAUAGAAAAAUAAAUAUGGCCACUA